AUGAAAAUUAGUCAAAAUCAAAUUAUGUCAUCAAUUGAUCGUGCUUCGUUUUCUCAACUGAACUUUUGUCAUAUCCACUCAUAUAUAGUUGUUUCAGUUUUUGUUUGCAAUCAUUCGGAUCCUCUUGAUUCUGAACAAUGCUUCGCAAGUCAUGCUUUGAAAAAUAAGUGGAAAGAAAUAACAUCAAAAUGUCAUGAAGUGCUACAAUUAAGAUUCAAUAAAUUUAGAAAAAUCUUACGCAAGAUAAAGCACAAGACAAAUGAUAAGCCUCCAAGAAUAAGAAGAUUUUCCGAAGUUCAGUGA